CAUGGCCACCAUGUCGACCGAUCAUCGAGAACUUCACGCCGAAGAGGUGGAGCAUUUUAGAUUUAUAAACGAAAAAGCUGUAGAUGAUAUAUCUUUGGGUGUGUUCUAUAAACCCCACACCGUAACUCUACUGACUGUGUCUGUCCUCGGAUUACUCUAUGCUGCGUUCACACGAAAUGAUGAUGUACAGGAUGACAACAUCUGGACAGGGUUUUGUGCUGUUGUGUUCUUUUUCCUGGUCAUCAGUGUCCUCGCUUUUCCUAAUGGCCCAUUCACACGACCCCAUCCUGCUAUCUGGAGAAUGGUGUUUGGGAUGAGUGUGUUUUACUUCAUCUUCCUGGUGUUUGUGCUGUUUCAAACCCGAAAAGAUUUCCGAAGAAUACUGGAAUGGUUGUAUCCAGACCUUGAAGGUAUCAAAGUGGAGGAAAAGGAAUAUGCAGCAAACUGCUCAGAGAUAGACCUGCCACGAAUAGUGUCACAUCUCGACUGUUUUGCCACAGCCCAUUUCCUGGGCUGGAUAACCAAGGCUGUCCUCAUCCGCCAUUAUGGCAUUCUCUGGACCAUUAGCAUCAUGUGGGAAAUCACAGAGAUGGCGUUUUGUCACCUGCUGCCAAACUUUGCCGAGUGUUGGUGGGAUGCCUGGGUGCUAGAUGUAUUAGUGUGUAACGGUCUGGGUAUCUGGUUUGGCAUGUUCCUGUGUAAAAAACUGGAGAUGAGAAACUACCACUGGGAAAGUAUCAAAGACAUCCACACAACAACUGGAAAACUGAGAAGAAUAGUGCUUCAGUUUACUCCUGUAAGCUGGGCAGAUGUGAAAUGGCUGGACCCAAUGUCAUCAUAUCGACGUGUGGCAGAAGUGUGUCUCCUCAUUAUUGUCUGGCAAUUGUCUGAGCUGAACACAUUUUUCCUGAAGCACAUAAUGGAGGUUCCUCAGAACCACAACCUAAAUGUUUGGAGACUGUUCCUUAUUUGUCUGAUAUCUGCACCAACUAUACGACAGUACUACCUGUAUGUAACAGACCGCCAGUGUAAACGUCUCGGGACACAAUGCUGGAUGUUCUGCGCCAUCACACUGACGGAGGCAAUAGUAUGUCUGAAAUUUGGAACUGAUUUAUUCAAGCAGACAGAUAUUUUAUAUGUGAUGUAUUGGUUUUUAGUACAGCUGAUAGGGAGUGUCAUCUGUGUUUACCUGUGUGCUGUUUAUGCCAAGAAAUGGAGGUGGACGUCUCUGGAAGACGGAUUCUUUGUCACAGAUUCUGAGGCCUCCCCAGACUCCUCCACACCAAAGAAAAUACAAAGAACCGGCAACGGCACUGCUGCUAAUGCCUAUAACCUGAGGAAGAGACAGCAGCAGACCAAUGGCGGUGUUGAUUAAAAACUGUACAACAUUACCAUCCUGUGUCAGUGGCAUAGUAUAUCUUAGCCAAUGGCUGGGCCAUAUUGUGAUCAAGUGAUAUGAGUACAUGGCAAAUUCCAGCCAACGGUCAAUGGAGAUAGUGAUCAUAUGUUACAGUUCCGCAUGUACAGCUAUUGCAGGAUAAAAUUAACUCAUUCACCCCUGAAAUUUCAUAAUGAACUAUUCUGUAUUCUAACCUUUCCAUUGGAAGAGUUCAAAUGUGCCUUCAUGGGUGAGUGAGGUAAUACGAAAAAUUUGCUCGAAAACCACCAAACGUGAUUCUACACUCAAAUAUGAUAGAGUUCUAGAUUUUUUGGGGCUAAAAAGAAAAUGUCGGUCAAAGAAAGAUUUGAAAGGCGAAUUGUUUUAAGAUGGCUAGUCAUUGUGUUAAUAUGUGUGGGAUCCUCCAGCUGGAUGCCAAUGGUAAGGGGUAAAUUCUCAGGUGAGUUUUAAGGAGCAUUAUUAAUACAGGCCAAAAGUAUUUUUGAGAUCAUGUCUGUUAAUCUCGAAUUUAACAAAUUUCAGAAAUAAUGAUCAGUUGUCUUAUAAAAUCAGCUCCUGGCGGUAGCCUUAUGAAACCAGCUGUGGAUGCUUGGAUGAUAUUAUAUUGGGGUGACCAAGCCUUCUUGUCAAGCACAGCCUAUAUCAAAAAGGGGUUCCAUGUGUAAAGCUUGGGGUUUGUACAUGGAAUUUUAUCAUUAUCUAAUCCUCUGGUUAGUGCACUUUGUCUAACUUGUUCACCUUUUACAGAAAACUCUGUGUGUAUUGACUUCCUAUUAAACGCUACAGUUUUUAAUUUGUCGCCAGCAGGUAUGUCAUUUUACUAAUCAAUACACAUAAUGGGUUUGUACAAACUAAUGAAAUGCAAAAUAAAUUGCUUAAUGUAUAUGCAUAUGAACCAGUGGGUAUGAGUUUGUAAGGUGCGAUAACUGCGGGGACAGAUGGGAAGUCAAAUACAGUGUUGUACAGUGCUUCUUAUUGUAAAAUUUCAAUUUAUAAAUACAAAUUAUUUAUUUUACAACAAUUAUGAAACAAGUUCUAUAAAAUUAUAUUAAUGACUCUUGUUGGCCAGAAUGUUAGCGAGCAAGGGGGGGGGGGCUGGCCAUACCUUUUCACUGCCGAUCAGGGUGUCGAACCCUUGCCGCCUUGGUGAAAGGCAAGUGUGCUUUCCACUGUGCCACCCUACCUGAUCAAUUUUAAAACAGCAUCCUGAAAAAAGUAUGAAAUUAACACAACAAAUGGCAUGAGAUAUUUUAAGGUCAUUUAUCAGAGAAGUCUAGCUUGAUAGUUUUGAAAAAUUAAUAAACUGCUUUCAUAGCCAAAAGUUAUCUCUGCAAUAAUUUAUUGUCUGGUGAAAACAUCUUUUGUCAGUCCAUUGAUGAUCUAUUUAUGGCAUCUAUAUUCAGAAUGCCUCAAUCAUGAGAUUGAAUUUGUACCAUUGACUUUGUACAUAUCAUCAUACCAAGUCGGGGAAAGGAUUGAGUCGAUCCAUUGAAGGUUGUGAAGUCAUCAUGUGGACUGAACAUGUUGCAGUUCAUAGAUGUAUGUAUCAUGAUAUUCCAUUACUUCAAAAUUCAUUUAUAGUAAAUACUGUCUAACGGGAAUUUUUGCCCAUUCACCCUUUGCCAAUGAAAUCAGUUUUUGCCCAGUCUUAAUUUCGCCCUUCACAGUUAAUUAUUAUGUAUACUAUGCUUUUCACUUAUAUUUGUUGUCAUGAAAAAUUCAGUCUGAUUAUGAAGGGCGAAAAUUAAACUGAAGCGAAAAUUUCUAGGUAUGCAGUAUGUUCAUUUUACAUAAUGAAACCAGAUGUAAAUACUUCACUUUUAUUUUAAUACUGUGUUCAACAAUUUUAUUCAUGUUUGUAAUGUAACAUUUUAAAUUAUGCUCUUCGUUAAAAGACAAAUAUAUAUAAAGUGAUGCAAUGAUAUAUCGUCCAUGUUACGUCAUUUUCUCAUUUGAUUCUAUGUAAAUUCACUUCUCGAAAAUUAAUUUUCCUGAGUUUGAUUUUAAUAAAAAAAAAUGAUGAUAUUUGGCACACUGCUAGAGAAUUAUCUAGCACUUCUAUUGGUACUGUUAGUAGAUAGAGUUAUCAUCUAUGAAUCCAUCAUCUAUAUACAUACUACAUUAUACCACCGACCAACAUCACAAUUCAUUAUCAACGGUUGACAGUAUGUGCAUGAAUACUCUUAAGAAGUUGACUUAAGAAUGGAUUUUCCCAUUUGGUUAGGGAUUUUUUUUUCAAAAUAGAAUAAUUAUCAUUGUGCAAGAUGACAUCAUGAAUCAGAAAUAGCAUCCACACAAUAGUGUUCAACUUAAGAAAAUAUAAAAUUAUGAAAACAAUAUUGUGAGGAUAACAACACCAUGCUAUGCUUAAAUGGCCAUAUGGAGAAGCCAAUGGCAAGACUAUUGUUUCGACUAGUUUUGAGGUCAUGCUGGUAUUCCUCCGUGCAGAUCUUGUAUUUGCUUACUGUGUCACUGACCAAGGAUCUCGGUGAUCGAAGACAUUCAUAGAGGUUGUAUAGAUGAUAAACAAUUGAUCACAUUUUUUUUCAUCGUUUGAACAAUUUUCUCAUCUGCGUGUUGGACUUGAGAUUUUAUCCACUUGUGAGGUCAAGAAAAAUUGAACGGCAAACCCUGAAAACACUGUGUGAUUAUCUGUAAUUUUCCAUUUCAUAGAAUUCUAACCAUGAGGAGGUCAUUGCCAGAAACAGUUUUGCUGACAAAAUUUAAUAUAGUGUUUUGGUAAUGAUGUCAAAAUAUAAUUGUUCUGCUGGGAUGAAAAGUUAUAUCUGAGUAACGGAGCCACAGAAAAUAACAUAAAUAUUACCAAAAGAAAUACUGGAUUACUCUCUAACAGGAUGUCAAGUUUAUCAAGAUGACAAACAAAAUUACAUUAUUUUUUGUCUGAAAAUGUAAACUAACAUGGAAUAUAAUGGGAACAUGACGUAACAUGAAUGACUAGGCAGUAUAUAUAUAUAUAUGUAUGUAUGACUACUUUUGGACUGACGUUGGCUCUAAUUCUUUUUUUAUAUAUAUAUAUGAAUUAUGUUUAUAUAUAAGCAGUUUUAUACACAAUGUCACUUUAUUCAGGUCUAUUUGUCCUCUGGGUCAAUGUUGUCGGAUCCAUACAACCUCUAGGUCAGUGUUGUUAGAUCUAUUUGACCCCUGGGUCAAUGUUGUCAGAUCCAUACGACCUCUAGGUCAGUGUUAUAUCUAUUUGACCCCUGGGUCAGUGUUGUUAGCUAUAUUUGACCCCUGGGUCAAUUAUGUGUGUGUAUAUACAUAUAGCAGCUUGUUUGUACCCAAUGUCAUGUAAGAAUACUCAGAUAUUUUGUUGAUAUAGAAAAGACAAUUCUUUCAUGGUUUCAUUUUCUGACAUGAAUAUCAUUUCCACUAAAUACUGUGAAAUACCAUUAAGUCAAUAUGCAUGUAGAUACUGGAUCAAACAGGAAGAUUUCAUUUUUAGUUUAUUUAAUAAUCUGUUUUUGCCAAUUUAGUUUUGUAUGAAUACCAUGUGUACUGAUUACACAUUAUAUGGACCAAUUACACUUAGAGCGCAACUGGACGGGGUCCAUCACGGCGACCAGGUAAUUCAGUUUGUCAGAGCAUUCAUUGGAGUUCAGAGGUCUCAUUUUUGAUUUCCGGUCUGGCCACAUAUUUUUCAUCUCCUGUUACUGUGGUGCCAUGAACACCCUUGUUUCAAGUACUGUGUGUAUGCUUGGCGAGGCGAAACCCGAACCUGCCUGUCAAUAGUGAGGGGAGGAGUGGAGCAGAACUGGACUGGGUCGAUUGUCAAUAGUGGAGGGAGGAGUGGAGCAGAACUGGACUGGGUCGAUUGUCAAUAGUGGGGGGAGGAGUGGAGCAGAACUGGACUGGGUCGAUUGUCAAUAGUGGGGGGAGGAGUGGAGCAGAACUGGACUGGGUCGAUUGUCAAUAGUGGGGGGAGGAGUGGAGCAGAACUGGACUGGGUCGAUUGUCAAUAGUGGGGGGAGGAGUGGAGCAGAACUGGACUGGGUCGAUUGUCAAUAGUGGGGGGAGGAGUGGAGCAGAACUGGACUGGGUCGAUUGUCAAUAGUGGGGGGAGGAGUGGAGCAGAACUGGACUGGGUCGAUUGUCAAUAGUGGAGGGAGGAGUGGAGCAGAACUGGACUGGGUCGAUUGUCAAUAGUGGAGGGAGGAGUGGAGCAGAACUGGACUGGGUCGAUUGUCAAUAGUGGAGGGAGGAGUGGAGCAGAACUGGACUGGGUCGAUUGUCAAUAGUGGAGGGAGGAGUGGAGCAGAACUGGACUGGGUCGAUUGUCAAUAGUGGAGGGAGGAGUGGAGCAGAACUGGACUGGGUCGAUUGUCAAUAGUGGAGGGAGGAGUGGAGCAGAACUGGACUGGGUCGAUUGUCAAUAGUGGAGGGAGGAGUGGAGCAGAACUGGACUGGGUCGAUUGUCAAUAGUGGAGGGAGGAGUGGAGCAGAACUGGACUGGGUCGAUUGUCAAUAGUGGAGGGAGGAGUGGAGCAGAACUGGACUGGGUCGAUUGUCAAUAGUGGAGGGAGGAGUGGAGCAGAACUGGACUGGGUCGAUUGUCAAUAGUGGAGGGAGGAGUGGAGCAGAACUGGACUGGGUCGAUUGUCAAUAGUGGGGGGAGGAGUGGAGCAGAACUGGACUGGGUCGAUUGUCAAUAGUGGGGGGAGGAGUGGAGCAGAACUGGACUGGGUCGAUUGUCAAUAGUGGAGGGAGGAGUGGAGCAGAACUGGACUGGGUCGAUUGUCAAUAGUGGAGGGAGGAGUGGAGCAGAACUGGACUGGGUCGAUUGUCAAUAGUGGAGGGAGGAGUGGAGCAGAACUGGACUGGGUCGAUUGUCAAUAGUGGAGGGAGGAGUGGAGCAGAACUGGACUGGGUCGAUUGUCAAUAGUGGAGGGAGGAGUGGAGCAGAACUGGACUGGGUCGAUUGUCAAUAGUGGAGGGAGGAGUGGAGCAGAACUGGACUGGGUCGAUUGUCAAUAGUGGAGGGAGGAGUGGAGCAGAACUGGACUGGGUCGAUUGUCAAUAGUGGAGGGAGGAGUGGAGCAGAACUGGACUGGGUCGAUUGUCAAUAGUGGAGGGAGGAGUGGAGCAGAACUGGACUGGGUCGAUUGUCAAUAGUGGAGGGAGGAGUGGAGCAGAACUGGACUGGGUCGAUUGUCAAUAGUGGAGGGAGGAGUGGAGCAGAACUGGACUG